GCUUGUGAAAACGAUACGCAGCCACCCACUGAGUCGGUUAGCACGUCUCUGUUUGUUGAGUGAGAGAGGCAAAGCGGUGAUGCGAGGUCCCCACUCUUUCCUUCUUGUACAAAAUUUCCUCUUCCUUCCCGUUCGUGGUUGUAUGUCGGCUCUUUAAUAACACAAGUAACCACUACAUCUUUACACUCCGAUAAAAACGAAAUGGUGUCCAGCACUGCACGCGUAAAAAGGGGCGCGCAAAACUCGCGAUUUUAAUUGUUUCGUUUAAUCAAGUUUUAUGCAGACGUUCCUGGUUCAAAAGCAAAUAUGCUAGCUUAAAGAAAGUUACAGGUAAUUUAAAGAAGCUAUGCACCUGUCCCAAUUGAUGAUAAAGACGACACAAUUGAGGCACAUUACACAGCAUAUAAGCAAUCUUGAUCAGUACAAAUUUAUUGGAGCGCGCUCGUGGUAGGUGUCUUGGCGCCAUGGAAAGUAUUUGGAAUAUAAGGCCACUUUCCAUAGAGUGGAGGAUCGAAAUCCGUGAGAUGACAGGAAGCGCUGUCCGUGGUGAGCGAGGACCAGUCCAUUUUCGAGCCGCCCUUCACUGCUGCCACGACCAUGCACAUGAAGGGCGAGAUGACGUCACCGGGAAGCUUCAGCCAGGCCUCCGAAGAGAGCCAAGAACCCACCGAGCCGGAGUGGGCCGGGCCGGGAGCACAGAACCCUGGGAAGAGAGGAGAGCACAUCAACGGAACCAGUCGUGAGUCCCCUGUGGACUGCAGUGUGACCAAACGCUCCCGACACAUGAGCAGCAACGAUGGGGGUCAGCUGGCCUACCAGGCCUCGUACCCCGAGCCCCGCGCCAGCCCCCAGACUGCCACCCCGCCCAACAGCGCCACAGAGGAGAAGAGAGUCAUAGUGCCCGCAGACCCUGAGGUGUGGACCCAAGACCAUGUGCGCCAGUGGCUGGACUGGGCCAUCAAGGAGUACAGCCUGGAGGAGGUGGACAUCAUGCACUUCCACACACUGGAGGGCAAGGCCCUCUGCAAGAUGACCAAAGAGGAUAUGAUGCGCCUCACGUCCGCCUACAACACAGACAUUCUGCUCGGCCACCUCAAUUACCUCCGGCAGAGCAGCCCUACUUUCUCCUACCCCACAACUCCAACCAACAACACACAGCAACAACCCAGACUACAGGUUAAAUCAGAGAACAGCUAUGAAGAGAUAGGCAGAAGGAACAGCUGGUCAUCGAACCCAAUGCCGCCUGCAGUACCCAAAGGUUCUCCCAUGGAGCAUCAAAACAGCACCAGAGUCACAGAGCCUCCGCCGAGAAUUGUGCAAGACCCAUACCAAGCAUUAGGUCCCAUCAGCAGUCGUCUAGCCAACCCAGAAGGCCAGGCCCUCCACUCCAAGAACCGAACAGGCAAACACAGUUCAUACAGGCUGCCUGACCCCAGCGCUCACAGGCCUGUGGGCUCUGGACAGAUCCAACUGUGGCAGUUCCUGCUGGAGCUGCUGUCGGACAGCAACAACUCCGGCAUCAUCACCUGGGAGGGCACCAAUGGCGAGUUCAAGAUGACCGACCCGGAUGAGGUAGCCAAGCGUUGGGGCGAGCGCAAGAGCAAGCCCAACAUGAACUACGACAAGCUGAGCCGCGCCCUGCGCUACUACUACGACAAGAACAUCAUGACCAAGGUGCACGGCAAGCGCUACGCCUACAAGUUUGACUUCCAGGGGAUCUCACAGGCCCACCAGAGCCACGGAGGGGAGGGGGGCAUUGUUAAGUAUCAGACUGAGGUGUCUUAUGCCCAGUCCUACCACAGCCACCAGCCAAAAAUGAACUUCAUGAACACACAUGCCGCCCCUAUGCCCGUGUCCCCUGGGAACUUUUUCGGGCCGCCUACAAAUUACUGGAACUCAACAACCAGCCCCAUGUAUCCAGGGUCUCCCAUGCCAAGGCACCCGGGGACUCACUCCCACCUGAGCUCAUACUACUGAGGCCUGGGUGUGUUGCACUAGACUGGUUGGGCUGGCAGAGCUUUCUGAAACAGACUGAUAUCCAAGAUACCAUCCACAAUGUAUCUGGUCUGAAAUGUCUAAAUUACGUUGUUGGAAUGCUAUGCGAGUUGUACAAUGGACAAUCAUGCUCAUGUCACAUCUUAAAGCAGAGGCACCAGAAGAUAGAAAAAGAGAAGAGGGUAAACAAUGUGAAGAAGCAAUGAUGACUAGUAGAGACAAAGGGAUUGCCAUGAACGUUCUGCCUUUUUCAAUUUCUCAAUUAUGGAGGUUGAGAAUUAGUUUAUAUUAUAUCCUGUGAUUCGGUUGUUUGAAAACCACGUUUUUCAAUUAUGUAAGUAUUUUGUUUAAUAUGUGACUGAGGUCAUUGAAGGACUUAAAACCUCUCAAAUGUAAUGGCAAAAUGUAGAUUUCCGCCUAAAUAGACAUACCCAAAAGUAACUGCUAUUCAUGUGUAAUUACGUGAUUCUGACAUGCACAAACUUGGUAUAUUUGGAAAGAAGACAUCUGGGAGAUUAUGGGGAAAUUAUCAGAAGAUAAAUAGGAGUUACAUAGUUCAAAAUACACAAGAUCAAGCACAGACAAAAUAACCGUUUUUUAAUUUUAUUUAUUUUGAAAGUCAUCUUUCAUUGACAAGCUAUAAGUGAAUUAUUGAUGACUAGAGCUGGAAUCACAUCAGAUGGCUUCCACAACAUGUGAGCAGUAUCAGAAAAAAAUAGACCUAACAACUAGAAAUGGGCAGAUGUUUUAGUAAGUGGUGUCAGGUGUGGUCACGGGACGUUUCCAAGUGUCCCUAAACCUCUCCAAAGUGGCAUAUUGUCUGUAAAUUCGAUAAUCCCAGUGCUAUUACAUAUUUGCAAUCACUAAAUGCCAUUUAUUCAGUACAAAAACACAAUUUCUACCAUAUCAACCUCACGCAAAUAUUGUGGUGGUGUUAUGGGGUAUCCAGGGUACAUUCAAGUGUCAUUUCCUCUCCAAAGUAUCAGAAUGUGAUAAUUGCACUGUUUUUGCACACUGGAUGUGCCUAAAAGUUAUUGUUGUUCACUAUAAAAACUAAAUUUCAACAACACCAACCUCUCUCAAACAUUGUGGUGGUGUCGGGGGACAUACAGGGAAUAUGGAUGCCUACAGCGCAUAAGAAGGCAACAUAUUUUUGAUCCGCAACGAUAGUCACUCAGUGCACAUUAUAUGUCAAAAACCAUCAGAUUACAUUGACAAUAUGCUAGAUGUGUUCCUACCAACCUAAGGAUUCAUUUGAUACCCCCCAUGUAGCUAUAGCUCAAACACAGACCAAAUUGAAGCUUACCUUGUAAGAUGUUUGCUGUUUGGUGAAAACAAUGUGUAAAAUAAACAUUUUGACUCUCGGGGCUGGUGAUCAAUAACGACAGACAAAUAAGAUAUCCUCAUGAUCUGUGCAGUCCCGGCUUUCGAUGUAUAUCAAUGUAUUCAGUGUUAAUUUUGUUUAUGCUUCACAAAGCUAACCGGAACGUAGGUAACAGCCAUCUUGAAAUGAGGUCAUCGGCUUGGCCUGCCCUUAUAAAUUCGUAUGCCCAUAUAUGGUAGUACGUCAUACCGAAGAUUUGAAGGCACCGAUCAAUAACCAAGAUUAUCAGCUUUCCGCAGACACCAUGCUUUUGUAGAUAGGGGCUACCGUUCUCAUACCAGACUGAAUUGAAUAAACCAAAAAAUCAAAUAGGGUCCCCAAAUAUGGGGACUUUACGUUUAAGAGGUUUUAAGGGGAAAGUCACUGAGUGUGGGAAGUGGUGAAACUGUGUUAUGAGGUCUUUAUAUCAAUUAUUAUAUUAAUCGAUCUAACAUUUGUAAAAGUAUAAUUGUACAGAAUGUUUCAUACAAUUGUAGCAAUAAAACAUUGACCCAUGUAGUAAUGCUAAUAAAGGAACUUGUAUAUUUCA